AUGGCGUUUGCCGUUUGGAACAAGUGGUUUACUGUUCCUGUUGGGGAUCCUAUCUACGUUCGGUGGGAGAAACCAGGAGUGGGAUGGAUCAAAUAUAAUGUUGAUGCAACAUUUGUAGGUGGAUCCGGUGUGACUUCUAUGGGCCUUUGUUUUCGCAAUACCAAUGGCCAAUUUGUGGCUGAUUUGACUCAAUGGCAGCAACUUGUUUACUCAGUAGUGGAAGCUGAAGCAUGGGCUCUAUUACAUGCAAUGAAAGAGACUAUUCAUUGUGGAUUUGAGCAAGUUCAAUUUGAAAGCGAUUCAAUGAUCAUGGCUGGAAGAGGUAAUGAGAGGGGUCACAAUCAGAUGGCAGAUGCAAUAGCUACCUUGACUAAUAUCGUGGCUAGAGAUCAUCAACCCGGGAGGGAAGAUGAGAUGAGGUUGGAGCGAUUCAUGAAGCAUAAUCCAAAGCUUUUCAUUGGGGGCUAUGCUCCGGAAGCUGCUGUCAAGUGGAUAGAGGAGGAGGAGUUGUGUGCGUUUAGUCCACACUACAACACCGUGGAAGCUGAGAAUGACAAGUGUGUCAAGUUUGAAAGUGGGUUGCGCCCGGACAUCAAGCAUCUUAUUGGAUUUUCACAAAUCCGAGACUUUGCAACUUUGGUGGACAAGUGCCGUAUUUGUGAUGAUGAUGGAAAGGCCAAGACUAACUACUACAAGGCCAUGAGUGACAAAAGAGGAAGAGGUCAAGACCGUGGGAAGCCUUAUGGAGACAAGGGAAAGAAAGUUGCCGAAACUGGUGGUGGGAAGAAGAAAGGUGGUGGACAAUGCUAUAAGUGUGGAGAGAUGGGCCAUAAGUCUUAUGAGUGCCCAAAGAAAGUGGACAAGUGUUUCAAUUGUGGGAGAUUGGGACACAAGUCAGAUGUUUGUCAAGUGAAGGUGACUUGCUUCAAUUGUGGUGAGGAAGGUCACAAGAGUCCUAUGUGCAAGAAGCCGAAGAAGACUAUGGGAAAGGUGUUUGCUUUAAGUGGAGAUGGUGCGGAUCGAGUGGAUAAUCUCAUUAGAGGUACGUGUUUCAUCUAUAACACUCUUUUAAUUGCGAUUAUUGAUACGGGGACAACACAUUCUUUUAUAUCUGUUGAUUGUGUGAAGCGUCUUAGUAUACCUGUAUCUGAAAUGUCUGGUCGUAUGGAAAUAGAAACUCCUGCUAGUGGUUCCGUAACUACCCGUCUUGUAUGUCGUGAUUGUCCCGUAACCGUGUUUGGUAGACACUUUGGUAUGGACCUAGUGUGUAUCCAACUUAGUGGUAUAGAUGUGAUCUUUGGUAUGAACUGGUUAAUAUUUAAUCGAGUCCAUAUCAACUGUUGUGAGAAGACCGUUGUGUUUCCAAAACCGGAGGAGAGUUUGCAUUUGAUGAGUAAGAAAGAAGUAGUAGAAUCUUUGAAGGAACCUGUAGAGGUGUAUGCGUUGUUUGCAUCCUUGAAGGUGGAAGGUGAAGUUAAAAUGGAAGAUUUGCCGGUUGUUUGUGAAUUUCCCGAUGUAUUUCCGGAAGAUGUGUCAGAUGUACCUCCGAAAAGAGAAGUAGAGUUUACGAUUGAUUUGGUACCUGGUACUAGCCCGAUAUCUAUGGCACCAUAUCGAAUGUCAGCGUCAGAGUUGAAUGAGUUGAAGAAGCAACUAGAGGAACUACUUGAGAAGAAGUUUAUUCGACCUAGUGUAUCGCCG